GGCACAAACAUCAAGACCAACACGUGGACAUCGAGGAACCGUCGAGGAAAUAACUUGAAUAAAACAUCGGUGUCGGCUUGCAUGUACCAUGUUUGAAGCACAGAACAUUGAAGUCAAUGUAAACAGAGUGUGUGUGCCUGUCAUGUCAGUGUUCCAUGACGAUGACAGAGAGAACCCCGUGACUGUGAAGCAGAAAUGUGAGAGACUUCAGGAGUUAUCACGUGCCCAUAUCCCAUGUUUAGUUGGGACCAUGGAGAGUCUAAGUGAGGAAAUUUCCCAUCUACCUUUGCUGCAGAGACACAGCAGCUCUGUGCAGAGCAGCCGUGAAAAUACGAAAGGCCCCCUGGAGUCUACAGCUAAAGGCAAGUAUGAAGAAGCAUUUGGCAUUAAUACUUCACCCAAAGACAUACCUAAGAUGGUGGAGUUGUACCAGUGUCCACAGUUUAAUGAUGUUCCAGUACCUCUGCCACACAAUACUGCAUACAGAGCCAUCGUCGCACGUGUCAUACAGGCACAGCGCCACCUAGUGCACAAGCCCAGCUUAAAGGCUGUCUUCCAUAACAUUCUCUCUUCCCCCAAUGUGGAAAGCUUCGUCAUCAAUUCGUUUUGGUGGCUCUUCCUGGAGAACUUUCAGCCCGACAGGAAAGCACAGGAUCGACUGUUUGGCUGGAUUGCAGAGAAUUACAUCAGCAUUCUGACCCAGCGCUUGUCCUCUAACAGUGGCACCAUCUUUCUUCAGGAUUUUCCCAGCAUACUGAGUCAGAUGCUGUUCUGCUGCUUCUCCUGCUGCUUUCCUCAGUCCUGCUGUUUCCGUGAUCCAGCUUUCCUUACAGCUCUGUGCUCCACUGCCUACCAGUGGACCGGAGGGCUCUGUCCUGCUCCUGAAGUCUAUAAGCAAUGGGACUUUGAAGCUCUGGAGGCAAAUGAGACCAGGAACAUUUUACAAAGAGAAAAAAAGAAGAAGGAGAAUGACACAUCGCUAAGUUCUAUCAACAGUGUGUUUUCUAGCAUCUUCUUAAUUGAACCCUCCAGCAGCCUCACAGCUGUAAAAAAGAAAAGAAUGAAGAGUCCGUGUGAGGUGAGUCAGGACAAUGUGUUGUAUUCCAAUAACAAGAUCACAACUUCGAGCCGCAGAAGCACCAGAGAAGAGAAAGCAGCUUCACAAAACAACCCAGGCUCCGAGCUAAAAGCUGACCACAAGAACAACACAUCAGCCCGAGAGUCUCAUGCAGUGGAUGGACACAUUGAGGUGAAGCAGUGUCUGUUUAAUGUGUGGGGAAACUCUCCUCUGAUGCAGCACUACAUGAACACAAUGCAACUGCAGAGCAAUGUGGGUUAUAACGUUCUAGUCAGGAGAACCCAAAUCCAAGCGCUGCCUCAGGCAGACUCACCUACUUUCCGAGAUGUUCUGAGGCAGACACGUCAGCGUUCCUCCUGCCAGCGGAGGGAACUGCGCGCUCUCUGGGAACAACAUGCUCAGGAAAUAAGCAGCAUGCAGCAGAAACGGGAAGACGAACAAAAUCAGCUUAUCAGAAAGCAAAAGAAAAUCCUGUCUCAAAGAAGUGUGGUACAUAAACUUUGUCAGCUGCUAGUGCCUCCAUUCAAGGGUGAAGAGGAAAGCAAAACACGCUCUGAGAAGUUGCUUGCAUUUCGCACCAUAAUAGCUGGAUUUGAAUAAAAUAUGUUUCAUCCACAGCAUCUAAUGCAUACACAUCACACUGGAUAAGCUCUUUGAAG